CCAUUCGUCUCGACUUCCUUUGCCGUCACCAAAGCGAGGAAAUGAGGUCAAGGCUUCAAAGGCGAUACCUCCAGCGCACAGAGUCUCACAUCUACCAUUCGCACACGUCUUCCGGACGCUCAGCUUCCAAUUCGAUCCACUUCUUCUUCAAGAGACAUUUUCACCGACUCUCCGAUCAGCCAUUUCUGAAGCACCCUAUGAUCACAAUUUUGGUAGCUCCAGGAUCCUCCUGAGAUGCCCAACCCGGCUGCUCACUUGCCCUUCUACUUCGGCAGCAUCUCCCGUUCAGAUGCUGAGGAACACCUGAAGCUGGCGGGGAUGUCAGAUGGGCUCUUCUUGCUUCGACAGUGCCUCCGAAAUCUUGGAGGCUAUGUCCUCUCCGUGGUCCACAAGCUCCAGUUCUACCAUUAUUCCAUUGAGCGGCAGAUGAACGGAACCUUCGCCAUCGCUGGGGCGAAGGCUCACUGUGGACCCGAGGAGCUCUGCGAGUUUUACUCCAAGGAUGCUGAUGGGCUUUGUUGUCCGCUCCGGAAGCCCUGCAACCGCCCCAAUGGCAUGGAGCCCAAGCCUGGCAUCUUCGACAAUAUCCGGGAAAACAUGGUGCGCGAAUACAUCCGGCAGACGUGGCAUCUGGAGGGAGAGUCGCUGGAGCUAGCCAUCAUCAGCCAAGCCCCGCAAGUGGAGAAGCUCCUGGCCACCACGGCCCAUGAAAAGAUGCCCUGGUUCCACGGUCCCAUCUCCCGGCAGCAAGCUGAAAGCCGGCUCUACUCUGGCUCCCAGCCGGAUGGGAAAUUCUUGUUGAGGCAAAAAAAGGAGAAUGGAUCCUAUGCCCUGUCCCUCAUCUAUGGAAAGACAGUUUAUCACUACCAGAUCUUCCAGGACAAGGCUGGGAAAUACUCUGUGGAAGACGGGAGCAAGUUUGACACACUUUGGCAAUUAGUGGAAUAUCUCAAACUCAAACCUGAUGGCUUGCUCUACUAUUUAAAGGAGGCCACUCCAAAUCCUGAUUCUCCAACAGGAGCCACGGCUUCAUCUCCGCCGGCACUUCCCUCUAGUUUGCCGCCUCGAAGAUUCACAUCCCAGAACUCCGAUGGAUACACGCCCGAACCCAUUGGAAUCGGGAAAAAGUCUCGGGUGCUGCCCAUGGAUACUUCAUGUUAUGAGAGCCCUUACAGCGAUCCUGAAGAACUCAAGGAUCGGAAAUUGUUCCUAAAGAGGAGCAACUUGAUGGUUGACGAAGUCGAAUUGGGGUCUGGCAACUUCGGGAGUGUCCGGAAAGGAGUUUACAAGAUGCGGAAGCGGCACAUCGACGUGGCUAUAAAGAUGCUGAAAAGUGGCAACGAGAAGGCGGACCACGAUGACAUGAUGAAGGAGGCCCAGAUCAUGCACCAGCUCGACAACCCUUACAUCGUCCGUGUGAUUGGCGUCUGUGAGGCGGAGGCUCUCAUGCUGGUGAUGGAGAUGGCCUCCGGAGGGCCCCUCAACAAGUACUUGUAUGCCAAAAGGGAGGAGGUCUCCGUGAACAAUGUGGUGGAAUUGAUGCAUCAGGUGGCCAUCGGGAUGAAAUACCUGGAAGAGAAGAACUUCGUCCAUCGGGACCUGGCAGCUCGCAACGUCUUGCUGGUCCACCAGCACUAUGCUAAGAUCAGUGAUUUUGGCCUCUCCAAGGCGUUGGCAGCCGACGACAGUUACUACAUGGCUAAGACUACGGGAAAAUGGCCCCUGAAGUGGUAUGCACCCGAAUGCAUCCUCUUCCGGAAGUUUUCCAGCAAAGGCGAUGUCUGGAGUUAUGGGGUGACCAUGUGGGAAGCGUUCAGCUAUGGACAGAAACCAUACAAGAAAAUGAAGGGUCCCGAAGUUGUGACAUACAUUGAGGAAGGGAAGCGGAUGGAAUGCCCCCCCAAGUGUCCCCCGGAGAUGUACAAACUGAUGAACCAAUGCUGGACAUUCAAGUGGGAAGACCGUCCAGAUUUUGCCACAGUGGAGACGCUGAUCCGGACCUAUUACUAUAGCAUCGCUGAUAAGACGGAGGAAAAACCAGAGGAACGGGUUAAAACCACACGUGCUUAGCUUUGGAAAUGAACAGAUGACACACACACACUCUUCCUUUGGCACGCUCAGCCUUUUGGAGUGGAUGAAUUGCUCCGGAUUGGGAAGAACAAUGGUUGGUUCAAAAGCCGAGAGUCUCCUCCUCCUCCUCCUCCUCCUCUCCUAAUCCAAAAUCCUCCUAAAUUUUUCCAGUGCUCCAAUAUAUCCAAAAAGUAUACUUUGAUGUACCCCAAAAGUAUUAAAAAUGACC